AUGUCGGCCUUGUCUCCCGACUCCGCACACCUUUCUUCUAAGUAUCUCCUUUCCCGAAUCCCUUUGCCAUCUUCUGCUCUAAUUGAAAGACUUUUAGCUGGAAGAAGGGCACAAGCCACUUACGAUGCAACGCGCUAUGAAAAUAUUUUCUUCCUCUUGUGGGUCCUGGAGCAGCUUCUUCAAAUAGAAACCAACGAGCACAGUUCACGUGUAGAUCGUGACGACCCAGAAAUCAAGAAACUUCUUCAGAAGCUUGACCGAACUGUCUUCCAACUCUCUGAUGCAUUUCCUUUAUUUACAUUUUAUUUGUGGAGACUGGGCAUUCUCUUGAACUCAGCUCAGAUGGAAGCUAUUGGAAGUAGCACACUUCCAGAUAUUACCAGAGACCACUCUUGA